UAACCAUUCUUCUCCUCCAGCAGACUCUGCUUUCUCAAGCUUUAUGUGAGCUGCUCAUCUUCAUACAUUAAAGCAGGCUGUAUCCAGAUAGAGUUGAGGAAUUUUAUAGCAAGUUGACUUUCCUGCCUAUAUCAAAGGAGCCGAUCAGGAGUCAAUUUCCAAAAGCUCCAAUAAAAUCCAGACGCUUCUAGCAAAGCUGAUUUGUGCCACUGACACUGGUCCUUAAAAAUGACUUGGUGGUCAGCUUCAACCUUUGAUCAACCCCCAUCUUGAUGUACAUUGAAUAAACGGCAAGAGAUGGACAGAAACAAGAAGGAAAAAACUAAUAAGAUAUUAAGCAUCACCCUUGAGAUCAUCUACCUGUUGACUGGAGAGGACUAUGUGGUUGUGAAGAAAAUAUCUGGGGAGCUUCUGACAACCAGCAGCAACUGUAUUUCAGGAGGACUGCGCAGGAUCCAGUACCCCAUAAUGAAAUCCUCACCUCUAAUUACAGAAAGAAACAAUGAGCAGAAGAUCCUAGAGCUCACCAACAAGAUCAUUGAGCUGCUGUCUAGAGAGGAUAUUGAAGAAGAAAAAGAUUUGAACCAAAAAGUGCUGAGGAAGAAGGUACGAAACCUAAAAUCACUAGAUGGAUCCAGUAAUGGAAAUAUUUCAGACAGAUAUCUUAGUUCCCCCUAUUCGCAGGAUUGCACAAAAGAAAGUCAUGGUGUUUCACGAAAUGAGGAAGAUGACCUUAUUGUAGUUAAGGUGGAAGAUGUAUGUGGAGAUGAAGAAAUGUAUGGAAGAGAUAUUCACAUUUGCAAGGAAGAGUUUCCUAGAGAAAUAAGCCAAGGACACAACAGCACACAUAUGGUUUUAUCUCAAGAUUGUGCCAUGGAAGGCAGCAUCAAUGAAGAUCCUUUAACAGAAAGUGGCCCAAAAAUACAAUCAGUGCUUCACAGUGAAGAACUUUCAUCAGAUGUCGCUAUGUAUGGAGAAUGGCUCCCCAAUAACUUGGGCAUUGUUACACAAACUACGACCCACAGAGGUGACAAAAUAUUUCCUUGUUUUCUGUGUGAUAAACGUUUUACCCGGAAGUCAAGUUUAGUAAGACACCAGAGAAUUCACACAGGCGAGAAGCCGUAUUCAUGUUCUCAGUGUCACAAAAGUUUCACACGCAAAACUACACUUGUGGAACACCAGAAAAUUCACACAGUUGACCAACAGCUGUCCAGCUUUAAUCAAGAGAAAAAUCUUGGAGUGAAAGAUGAUUGUGUGAUAAAACAAUUCAAACAAACAGAAGGUCAACAAUUUUCCUGUGAAGAUUGUGGGAAGGUCUUCACACUGAGGUCCCACCUCGUAAAGCAUCAGAGAAAUCACAGUAACGAAAAGCCCUUCUCAUGUUUAGAGUGUGGGAAAUCAUUUAUUCAGAAGUCCAUUCUUCUUGUGCACCAAAGAAGCCACACAGGGGAGAAACCAUAUUCAUGCUCAGAUUGCGGAAAAUGUUUCACCCAGAAAUCAGAUCUUGUGGUCCAUCAGAGAAUCCACACAGGGGAGAAACCAUUUUCAUGUUCUGAAUGUGGAAAAAGUUUCACCCAGAAGUCUACUCUGGUCAUACAUCAGAGGAUCCACAGAGGGGAGAAACCAUUUGCAUGUUCAGAGUGUGGGAGGUGUUUUACACAAAAAUCCACUCUUGUUACACACCAGAAAGUCCACACACCCCUAAAAUUACUAUUUGCCUUGCAACAGUCAUGAGUUGUUUCUUUUGAUGCAUGUUUUGUGUCCAUAUUGUAGCAUUUUACCUUGAUUUAAAAAUCAAAUGUGAAAUGAAGUGAACAAUCGGAUAUUUACAGCUAAUAUUAAAGUGGUUGUCCCAUUACAACAACUUAUCCCAUAUCCACAGGAUAGGAGAUAAGUGUCUUAAGAUCUGUGGAGGUUCCAGUAGUCAAAUGCCUGCCGAUAACGAGAAUGCGUUCUUCCGCUUCAAUGGAGUGGCAGGUAUGUCUGCGUGUCCACUGCUCCAUUCAAAUACAUAGGUCCCCAAACUUAGCCCCUAUGGAUAUGGUAUGUUAUUGUAAUGGGACAACCCCUUUAAGUACAAUAGUUGAGUCUAAUGUUACUGGAUGAAACAUAAUAGUGAGUCAUCACAGUUUUCUGUUGAGACUCUUAUUGUCUACACAACCAUAACAGGGAUAACCUUGAACUAAAAGAACAAACAAAACAUACCUCCUAAUAAUUCUCAGAUAAAAUCACAUCCUUGUAACUCCAACUAGGGCCCAAAACUCCAGUAUUUAGCAGCAUUUGUUAAGUCACUUUAUGUCUUGAUCCCACACAAAUCGGGGCUAUGUGCCGCCUCUUACUACCUCCAUACAAGGGGAAAUCACUUUGAGAGACACAACGGUUUCAUUUUGAGAUUAAUUGAAUUCAUACACACCCGCAACUACUUCUUGCUUGAUUCUCUGUACUACCACCAGCUUAGGGGGACCACGAUAGGAUGCCCCUGUGCCCCCACUUAGGCUAAUCUCCUCCUGGAAUGGUGGGAGGAUACUGUGGUGUUCCCAGCUGACAAUGCAUGGUGGAGCAACAAGAUUGCUCUUUGGAAAAGAUAUAUGGAUGAUGUGUUUCUGUUGUGGACAGGUACCAGAGAUGAAUUCCACCAUUUCAUCUCUUCUUUAAACAUCAAUGAGAUUGGGUUAUUUUUCACUUUGGAGAUUCAUCCUAAUACAAUAAAAUUUUUGUAUGUAAGGGUCACAUGGACAGAGGGGAAACUUAAUUCAUCUAUUUUUCACAAGCCCAAAG